AUGUCGUCAAUCGGCCAGAGCGGUGGCACUGACCCGCGACUUCUUGGCCGCGAAGCCUUAGAUUUCCGCCAGCUGCAUGAGGAGCCCGCCACCGUCCCUGCACGUGGCAGGCCCAGUGAAACCACAGCUGCUAUGCUCCUGCCACAGGAGUUGAAACCAACAGAAAAGGCGCCAGCUGAGUACAAGGCUUGUACUCAGCUGGUCGUGCGGACAGCUCCCACAAGAUUCCACGGUCUGGUGGGCGGUGCCUGGCAGAGGGCGCUGCACGCUCGCUUCCAGCCGGAGACUGUUGCAGCCACAGCCCCUUUGUCAGACGGCGCGAAGAAGAUGGACUCCGUCUUAACCGAAGCAUCACCGUCGCCGGAGAGCGACUGGUGGCUGGACAUGCAAGGCCGUACAGCUGAACCUUUGCUGCGGUCGAAGUUCUUCUGCUCUUCUGGCGGUACUUACGGCACGGUGCCAGGCGGCCUUCAGCAUUGUGGACGCGUGGUCCCGGAUGGAGAUCGCGGGAGAUCCGACUCAGGCUCUGGUUCUCGCGUGAUUAUUUGGGGUCAGUUUGGAGUGCAAGCGGGUUUCAGUUCUGAGCAACGUGCCCCGCCGCCCUUUCAGCUCGCAGCACAUGCACUGAUCGAGAACUGGGCCCAAAUGUCAAUCGGCCAGAGCGGUGGCGCUGACCCGCGACUUCUCGGCCGCGAAGCCUUUGAUGUCCGCGAACUGCAUGAGGAGUUGAAACCAACAGAAAAGGCGCCAGCCGAACACAAGGUGGAUGAGGUCGUGCAGACGGCUCCCACAAGAUUGGGCGUUCUGAUGGGCGGCGCAUGGCAGAGGGCUUUGCACGCACGCUUCUCCAGCACAACAGACGAAUCCGAGGAUGCAGCCGACCAGGCAUCCUUCCAUCCCGGUGAUUUCCGCAUGCUGCCUCCUAGUCCUAGUGCGUGGGAGGCUUUGCACGCUCGCUUCCAGCCGGAGACUGUUGCAGCCACAGCCGAGACUUCUGCCUUCGCCUCAGUGCUCCUGGCCCCGUGGUCACACGGCCCGAAGAAGAUGGACUCCGAACCUUUGGACGCCCGGCUGAAUUAUGCAAACUGCUGA